UUAAAGUAAGUCACUAUCUGGUGUGGCCACCAGCUGCAUUAAGUACUGACUGCAGUGCAUCUUCUCCUUAUGGACCACACCAGAUUUGCCAGUUCUUGCUGUGAGAUUUUACCCCACUCUUCCACCAAGGCACUUGCAUGUUCCUGGACAUUUCUGAGAGGAAUGGCCCUAGCCCUCACACUCCGAUCCAACAGGUCCCAGACGUGCGCAAUGGGAUUGAGAUCCGGGCUCUUCACUGGCCAUGGCAGAACACUGACAUUCCUGUCUAGCAGGAAAUCACGCACAGAACGAACAGUAUGGCUGGUGGCAUUGUCAUGCUGGAGGGUCAUGUCAGGAUGAGCCUGCAGGAAGGGUACCACAAGGGAGGAGGAUGUCUUCCCUGUAACGCACAUAGUUGAGAAUGCCUGCAAUGACAACAAACUAAGUCCAAUGCUGUGUAACCGCGCCCCAGACCAUGCUGUAAAUCGGGCAGUUGUUGUCGCCAUCCUGUACCUGUUCCGCAGGUGUGAUGUUCGGAUGUACCGAUCCUGUGCAGGUGUUGUUACACGUGGACUGCCACUGCGAGGACGAUCAUGCUGUCCAUCCAACAUUCCUAAGGCAUGUUCACGCAGAUGAGUUGGGACCCUGGGCAUCUUUCUUUUGGUGUUUUUCAGUCAGCAGAAAGGCCUCUUUUAGUGUCCUAAGUUUUCAUAACCGUGACCUUAAUUGCCUACUGUCUGUAAGCUGUUAGUGUCUUAACGACCGUUCCAAAGGUGCAUGUUCAUCAAUUGUUUAUAGUUCAUUGAACAAGCAUGGGAAACUGUGUUUAAUAAACCCACAGUGAGCUAAUUUAGGUCAGUGGUCUGAGUCUGUUAGCCUCAUUCACCUCCUGACAUACACACACCUUUCCUCACGUGAUGUGGAGUUAACGAGCUUUGAUAAAUCUAAAUCUGCACCUCCUUUAUCCAGAUUUGUGUGUAGUGGGGAUUCACCUGGAUUAGACCUGCUGCCUCUGUCUGCCUGCAUGCCCGCCAGCCAGGGAAAGUGGAGACAGACUCGGUGUAGGAUAACAUGGCUCUUAUUAAUGAAAGUUUCAAAAAAGUUUCAACGUUACGCAACGUAAUUUCGUAUCCAGAGUAAUCCAUGUCCACUUGGCAUUUAUCAUUAGGGAGAGUGAAAGCAUUGCCACAACUGUCUGUUAAAGACCCUUUGAAAAUGUCUUAUGUUGUGUGAUAUGCACAUGAGCUCAAACACAGAAAUCAUAUGAUUAGAAUGGGCUGUACUGAGCUGUGUUUGACUGGAGCUCUGUGUGUUCUCUGACAGGGUAACUCUUGCCUUCACCGGGGUGGGUCUUCUCGUCGUUCUCACAUCCAUCAUCGGGUUUCUUCCAAAUGGGAGGUACCAAGCUGUUUCCUGUCUUCUUCCUGAAGGAUGAAGAACUUCCUCAGUGAGCAGGUGCAUCUGAUGUGUUACCGUAUCUGUGUCAGAGCGCUCACUGCCAUCAUCACCUACCACGACAGUGAAAACAAGCCCAAGAAUGGAGGGAUCUGUGUGGCCAACCACACCUCACCCAUCGACGUCAUCAUCUUGGCCAGUGAUGGCUGCUAUGCAAUGGUUGGGCAAAUCCAUGGUGGUUUGAUGGGCGUAAUCCAGAAGUCUAUGGUGAAAGCCUGUCCACACAUUUGGUUUGAACGCUCUGAAGUCAAAGACCGACAUCUAGUGGCCAAAAGAUUGAGUGAUCAUGUAGAAGACACAACUAAACUUCCUAUUCUCAUUUUCCCCGAAGGCACCUGCAUCAACAACACUUCAGUAAUGAUGUUUAAAAAAGGCAGCUUUGAGAUUGGCUCCACAGUCUACCCUGUGGCAAUCAAGUACGACCCCCGCUUUGGAGAUGCCUUCUGGAACAGCAGCCAGUUUGGGAUGGUCAACCACCUGCUGAGGAUGAUGAGCAGCUGGGCCAUUGUGUGCAGUGUGUGGUACCUGCCACCCAUGACCAGAGAGGAAGGCGAGGAUGCAGUCCAGUUUGCCAGUCGGGUCAAAGCAGCUAUCGCCAGGCAAGGAGGGCUGGUGGACUUGCUAUGGGAUGGCGGUUUAAAGCGAGGGAAAGUAAAAGAUGCAUUCAAAGAGGAGCAACAAAAGUUAUACAGCAAAAUGCUAGUGGGAACCCAAGAGGACCGCAGUCGUUCUUGAAGUGAAACGUACAGAGUAUGAGAUGAUCAGAGACCCACCUGUGGACAACAGAGUGGACAGUCUUCUGCACCCUUAAGGAUUUUUUAAACCUGGAAUACUCCAACCCUCAUGUCAGGAAUUCUUCACUUGGCUUCCUCGGUCAGUGCCUCAGCUUGGCAUAUUAAGUUGUUAUUGCUGUUACAGCCCAUUCUGGUCACUGUCCUCUGAUUCUAAUGAUUUGACAAUGGACUGGCCUCUACUGCACCAGCCUGUCAUGAUGCUGUGCACUAAGAGUUCUCUCACCAUCAGGGAAGAUAACACACUCUCUUUUGAGUGACUAAUAUAUUUAUGACCUUUGUUGAGUUAAUGUAUAUGUUUUGUUUUUAUCUGGUCUCUCUGUUUAUUGUUAAUAGUAUUAUUAUCAUAAUUGUUCUUUAAGUUAAAAGUGAUCUGCCAUGGGACGUAGCAGUGCAGCAUAGAGAAUUAUUGGAGAGCUUGUACUGAAGGGGAAAUCUGUGACCAUGUUGUUCCCAACAGACUGAGAUGGCAACGUACCACGUGAAUGUUUCUAAUACUUUUUUAAUUGUUUUUUUUUUCAAUGAAAACCUUUUUUUAUUUUAAGCAUUGUAUUCACGUGUAAAAUAUAGGAGUUAUGUUAAAGUGGA